AUGACGCGAUCUAAACAUUGAUAUCAGAUUAGAUAUCAUCAUUUAUAAAAGAAAUAAUUUAUUAUUUUGUUUUUCAGUGAAGAUUUAACUUUCACAAUAACAAGAGAAUAUUUCAAUAUGAAGUACUUGGGUCUGAUUCUUGUCAUUUCCAUCUGGACUUAUGCAGCGGCAGGUGAAGCAGGGGAUGAGUGGAAGGCAGCAUUAUGCAGCAAUGACGAUGAAUUGUUGGAGGACAUAUAUAAUUGCUUUGAAUUGGAGCCAAAAGCAUAUCGAGACCCCAUUAAAGAAUGUUUUUCAAGAAUGUCUCCAACAGCCAACGAUGACCUUAAAGAAUUCACUAAGUCAGUUUGUAAAGAUGAUGCUCUAUAUGAUGAAAUGAAUUCAUGUUACGCAGGCUAUGAUGUAUCUGGCGAACAAGAAGAUAAUCCGGAAAUGACAGCUUGUUAUACAGAAUUGUUCAAGAAACAUAACUUAGUCAAAAGUGCAGAACACUGGGAGAGUAAGAAACAAAGUUGAAUCACUAUUACACAGAUAAAAUCGUAGAGAUAAGUUUUUUAUAUCUACGUUUAUAUACCUCAAUAAUAUAUACCUCAUAUUGUUUGUUCGAACAAAAAUUCAUUUGUUUAUUUCUUAACAAAGCAAUAAUUAAUCAAUUAAACAUGUAAUGUUUUGUCAAUAAAUUGGUAAUUAUAUUUA